UUUGCUCAGUCAUAGUUCGCUUUCGUUCGAGCGCGGUUCAGUAUUAAUUUGGCGUUGUCGUUGUCGUCGCUAUCAUUACUACUUCUAACAUUAUCAUCGUUAUCGCAAAACCUGCACCGCAGCCAUGACCAGCUGGAAAGCCGCGCUGCAGAUUGUUAUCACCAAGCUGCUGUGCCUGUACUACACAGUCCAAGUGCUGCUGUUUAUAGUGGUUCAAUUUUUCACCAAACCGCACGCCAAGUUUUGGGUGGUCAAAAAACGACCAUAUCCACCGCAGUGCCUCCAGAAGCAUGACUAUGGCGUUAGCAAGUACAUCACAGCUAAUGGUAUCAAAUUCCACUAUGUUGAAAAUGGAGAUCCAAGCAAGCCGCUCAUGUUGUUUGUCCACGGUUAUCCGGAGUUUUGGUUUUCAUGGCGGCACCAGUUGAAAGAAUUUUCCAAAGACUAUUGGGUCGUUGCCGUUGAUAUGCGAGGUUAUGGAGAUUCUGAUAAACCUAAGGGAGUGGAACCCUAUCGCAUCGAAAACAUGGUCCGAGAUAUAAAAGAAUUGGUUACAGAAUUAGGUCGCAAAAAGUUCACCCUUGUGGCGCACGAUUGGGGUGCCGUGAUAGGCUGGGACUUUGUCGCCCAGCAUAUGGACAUGCUGGAUAAGUACAUCUUGAUGGAUGCACCCUCCCGGCAAGUUUUCCGCAAGCUGAUGAUGACGGACAAGACGCAGUUCAAGAUGUCCUGGUACACAUUUUUCUUCCAAAUGCCAAACAUUCCGGAGUUUUUCAUUCGCAUGAACGACCUGCAAAUGUUCGACGUUGUUUUCAAAAAGCACAACACACCGGAAGAGGUGGAAGCAUACAAAUACACUUUCGGCCGGAAAGGAGCACUGACCGAACCGAUCAAUUAUUACCGUGCCAAUAUUGGUUCGCCGGUCAAAUCCGUUCGUCCGCCAACGGAUGUUCCGCAUGUACCGGGACUAUAUCUUAUCGGUGAAAAGGAUAAAUUUAUCAGUCAGAAAUCCGGUCCGCUACUGGAGAAAGAGUUCAACAAUCUGCAGUACAAAAUGGUACCCGGAGUGGACCACUUCUUACAACAGGAUAAUCCAACCUUGGUGAACAGUAUCAUGCGGGAGUUUUUAGAGAAGUAAUAAAGAUAAUGAUAAUA